UGUGGUAAAGCACAGAGAGAAGCAAACUGAAGACGCAGUACUUGCCGUCAUUUGUUUCGCUCUCUCCCUCGACAUGCUUGCUUUGACUCAAUCGACACAGUUUUUGGUGUCAAACACCCGUCGCAGCAGCUGCAGCAUCGGUUAAGGUACCACUCUCUGUUUCUCACUUCUCUGACUUUCUAGUAGAGAACUAAAAUCCCAAUUACAUAGCCAAAAUGAUCAUAAAGCAACUUCUCAAACGUCACCCUCACUGUAACUCUCCCUCCUAUGCUUUCUUUGUUUACUUGAAGCUCUUCUCUUCAAUCCCAUCUACUCAUUCUUGCUCUGAUAUCGAAACCCAACUGAGGUUUCUCUGUGAUAAGUCGAAUCCCCAGAUUUCAGAGGCCGUUUCCCUUUUUCAGGGUUCCAUCGAUUCUGACCGCUUGCCUUCUGGGGGAACCUGCAAUUUGCUUGUGCACACUCUCACAAGGUCGAAAAAUUAUGAAUUGGCGUUUUCGGUUUAUAGUAAGAUGACCCAUGUUGGUAUUUUUCCGAGUUUUAUAUCAUUGAGUUGUUUAGUUGAAUGUUUUGUUAAUACCAAUCAUGCCAAAUUCGCACCUGGGGUCUUGGGAUUGGUAUUGAAGCGUGGAUUUCAGUUAAAUGUGUAUGUUGUGAAUCUUAUGUUAAAGGGUUUGUGUUCUAAUGAUGAGGUUGAGAAGGCAAUGGAGCUGUUUAGUGUAAUGGGAAGAAAUUGUGUAACCCCGGAUAUUGUUAGUUACAACAUUCUUAUACACGGGCUCUGCAAGGCAAAAAAAUUGAAAGAAGCCACAGAAUUGUUGGUUGAUAUGGAGAUGGCAGAUUCUGACCCAAAUGUGAAGACAUACAGCACUUUGAUCGAUGGAUUUUGCAAGGAUGGCAGAGUGGAUGAGGCAAUGGGUUUGUUGGAGGAAAUGAAGCAAAAAGGUUGGGAACCGGAUGUUGUUGUGUACAGUACCCUUAUAAGUGGUUUUUGUGAUAAAGGGAGUUUUGAUAGAGGCAAAGAAAUUUUCGAUGAGAUGCUAAAGAAGGGUAUUCCUCCUAAUGUGGUUACAUAUAGUUGUUUCAUACAUAACCUCUCCAGGAUGGGGAAAUGGAAAGAAGCCAUUGCGAUGUUAAAUGAUAUGACCAAGUGCGGAGUUCGCCCUGAUACUGUUACUUAUACAGGCUUACUUGAUGGGCUUUUCAAAAAUGGAAGGGCUACAAAAGCCAUGGAGCUAUUCAAUUUAAUGUUAUUGAAGGGUGAAGAGCCUAACACUGUAACAUACAAUGUUAUGAUUGAUGGACUAUGCAAGGAAGGGUUGGUCGAUGAUGCAUUUAAGAUUUUGGAAAUGAUGAAGGGUAAGGGGAAAAAGCCUGAUGUAAUUACAUACAACACAUUACUGAUGGGACUUUCUACUGAUGGGAAGGUUGAUGAGGCCAUGAAACUUUACAGUACGAUGUCAAAAGACGGGAACGUUGUUGAGCCGGAUGUUAUCACUUAUAACAUGCUAAUUUUUGGACUCUGCAAGGAAGGCGAUCUUGAUAUGGUUAUGGAGAUUUAUAAUACAAUGGUUGAAAGGGGCAUUGCUGGUAACUUAUUUACUUAUAAUGCUAUGAUAGGUGGAUGUCUACAGGAAGGAUCAGUGGGCAAGGCCAUAAAGUUCUGGAGACAUGCACUUGACUUGGGAUUUGUUCCGAACUCAAUUACUUAUAGUCUCAUGAUCAAUGGAUUUUGCAAAACUCAUAUGCUUAAGUUUGCAAAAGGACUUUUUAGCAAAAUGAGAGCUUCUGGGGUUAAUCCUACUUUGAUUGACCACAAUGUUUUGAUGCUGUACUUGUGUAAGGAGGGUAGUUUGGGGCAAGCUAGGAUGUUAUUCGAAGAGAUGAGGAGUACAAAUUGUGUUCCGAAUCUGGUCUCAUUUAAUACAAUUAUUGAUGGAACUCUCAAAGCGGGAGAUAUUAAAUCUGCUAAAGACUUGCUAGAAGACAUGUUUAAAAUGGGUUUAACUCCUGACGCAAUUACCUUUUCCACAUUAGUAAACCGGUUUUCAAAACUUGGGCUUUUGGAUGAGGCUAAAAUAGUUCUUGAGAAAAUGAUUGCUUGUGGUCUUGAACCUGAUGCCUUUGUAUUUGAUUCUUUACUAAAGGGCUAUAGUUCAAAGGGUGAAUCAGAAGAAAUCAUUAGUUUGCUUCAUCAGAUGGCAGACAAGGGUGUUAUUCUUGACUCAGAAAUAACUUCUACCAUCUUGUCAUGCCUCUGUCAAAUCUCAGACGAUUAUGAUGUGAUGAAAAUUCUCCCAACUUUUUCUCAAGAAACAUCGAAAGGAGCAAGCAUCUCCUGCAAUGAGCUAUUGAUGAAACUAAAUAAAUCUUACCCAGAACUUAAAUUAUAAGCUGCUUGAUGUUCUUCAUCCCAAGAGCUUCCAAUGUAGUGAGAAAUCUGCAGCCAGUGCUAUAUUAUGAUUAGUAGCUGAGAAACUAGAAUGAGGAAGUUCUGAGCAGAACUUCCACUUUUAAAAGUACGUAUUCAAAAGGAUCUGAUUUGAUUAUCGGAGCUUAAAUAUAUGUAAUAUAUCUUGAAUUGUUAUUCUUGCCUUCAUCAUAUUAAACAACAACAUGAAUAACAGUAAGAGUGCAUCUGCAUUUGAAGGCAAUUCAGGCCUUUGGACAUACAAUACUGAUUUUUUAAAUUUAUGUAUCUUUUAUUUGUUUUGGCUGUUUCUGGCACUUGGUUGUACUUUUUUGGUUUUAUAUAUGUUCCAUCUUCUGUAGUUACACAUCCAUUGGCAUGAUAGAGACCAAAACUCAUGCGUUUAAUAUCAUGUUUUUGGCACCUCUGUUUUCAUCCUUUAAUCGAUUGUGAUUUUGUUAUCUCGGCACCUCCAUAAUGAAUUACAUAGAAGGGGUAUUUAUAAUAAUCUGACCCUGGAGUGAAAAGGAAAAUUAAACUUAUUCUAGGAAAGAAAUCCUAAUGAAAUCUGGAAAAAACUAGAAAGCCUAAUGAAAUCUGGAAAACUUAAAUAACCUAGGAAACUAAUUAAUAAUUCCCUCUUCCAGCUCUUCAUUUGUAAACCCUAAUGGGGUUGACAAAGAUGUCCUCAUCACAUGAUCAGGAGGUGCUGCAUUUGCAUUACGUAAUCUUGGGUAAAGAAGCAUUUCACAUAUGUUGUUUGCUAAAUGGUUCUUGCAUUUAUAAUUUGAAAAAUGCUCUCUGUAAAUUUUUUUUGUCCAUUAAAGAUAGUCGAUGGGAUGCAUGUCAAAUGCCAGGCAAUCCAAGAGGUGGAACAUGGAUGGAGGUAUUUUUUUGGGAAGUAAGAAAAUGUGGCCUCAUAUUCAUGAAAAAUGACGUCAUUUCUGGCCUCUGCUUACAUGUCCACCACAUGACUGGCAUGCUUUCCAUCAAGGAUCUUUAAUGGAAAUUUAUCCUACCCUUAAACUUCUCUUUUGACAUAGGAAAAGCCCUUUGACAAUGCAUACAUUUUCAACAGUCAAGCAUUCCUUUGCUUUUCAACACUAGAAAAACUUAUUCAAGUACAAAGGAAGGGCAACGGAAAUUCCUACUAGCCUAUGCAUCCCGAGCUAAGAUCAUGGAUUCAACGGUCAUGGUGAAGCUGCCCGGUGUGCUGAGAUUCAGAUAAAGAAAUUAGUUGGGACUUGAUCCGUCGUGGCAAAUCUUGGAGUCAUCUCUCUUGUCCUUCAGCUUGCAGAUGUGGUGAAAUUUGUUUGAGGAAUGUCAUGCAGGUUGGGUGAUUACAAAAGGGUUUUACGAGUCACAAAGUAUGCAGUUGAAGGUCUAGGGACAAAAAGCAAGGCAGGCAAAAUUCUUUUGGGGUCGCAGGGUGUGGUAUUUUUUAAUCACAUGGAGAAAAAUAUGACUUGGGAUUAUUCAGGGAUGAGUAUGGAUGAACUUAUGGAUCGAGUUAGUUAUUGGCAUGCACUUCAGCUUCAGUCACUGUAGAGUUAAGGAAGUCUUCCUUGUCAGCAUUGUUGCUGGAUUUUGAUACAUUCUGGCUUGACUUUGGAGGUCUGAUUUUUUUAUUUUUUGUUUUCUGUAAUUUAGGCAGAUUAGAAAGUUUUAUUAUGUUGAUGUCAUUUGAAACUGGACUCGUCCAUAGUUGUUCUAUUUGCACUCUUUCAUAAAAUUCUGUUUCUUUUCAGAAGAAAAAAAGGAAAAGAGAGCAAAAAAGGUGGUGUUGGCUGUGUUUUACGAGAGCAUUUUUGCUCACCACCCGUGAUUGGUGGUGAGCAUUACCACCAUAUUAAUGAUUGUGGAUGAGUUGAAUUUUUGAGGUUCAUGUAGCAGCGAGAUCAUCCAACGACAAUUAAUACGCUCACCAAAAUUUAAAGAGAGUGGUGGGCAAAAAUGUUUUCACAUUUGCCAACAGGUUCAGCUGAAGCUGUUUCUCCGCAAAUGAUGUAACAACGCACAUGUGGUGCAUACUGAGGUUGUACAAAUGACAACGUAUGUGGUGCAUAUUGAGGUAGUACAAAAGACAGGUUUGCAUCUUGAUGAGGUUGUCAUUUGUACACAGUAUACAUCAUUGCGAAAUGAGAGACCUAAAUAUGGGAGAUCCCAUGAUAAAUUUGUGAAAUUUCUUGUUUGGUUAAUCUAGAGGCGGGAUGGGGUUGCUGCAAGAAACGAUUUGUAAUUAUAUUAUUUCUUAUAUGGAUGAAAUAAGUUCUAUUA